GUUUGGUUCUGUCAUAUGUCAACAAAGCGGAAAGGCGGGAAUCAAAGGAAAACAAAGUAAAUUUAAUAGAAAUUUUCUUUGUAGGGGCUUAAUACAACAAAGGCAAACCAAUAUUUAUUGUAGAAAUUAUAUAGUGCUAUAUUUAGGCUCCAUUAUUGAUUCAAACGAAAAUUUAUUGGACGUUUAGCUUGUGUUUUGACAACUAAAUUGUAGGUUAAGUGAUAGUCACGAAGACGCAAUGAAUGGUGGCAAAAAAAUUCGCCUGUACCUUCAAGCAAAAAAACUCCCGCUAAUUUUAUUAUAUUUGGGUUCACUUUGAAUCAAAUUGCGAGGUUCGGAUGGUACUUCCCGCCUUUAUCAGUAGACAGGCUUUUUUCCCAAUUUGUGAGUUGUAUUCCCGCGUUUUGCCAUAGUAGGCGUUGUCGUGUGAAAGUGUACUGAAUUUUCUCGAGAUAGAGCCUCUUGUGUCCCGUGAAUUGGAAAAGCCGUCGUGAAAAUGGUGCACUCGGAAGAAGCUGAGGAACAGCUUCACAAGAAGCUAUUGGAAAUCAGCAACAAACUGAAUCUGGAUCAGAAAACCACAAAGGCUACUUGGGAAAACUUUUACAAGAUAAAUAAAAACUUUGUCUUGGAGGGUGAUCCAUUACACUGGAUAGGCUGUGCAAUAUAUGUAGCAUCACAGACUGUUGAAACACCAACAUCGCUGUCCACAUCAGCAUCAACAGUCAAAAGCCAUGGGAUCAAUAUCACAAGCUUGCUGAGACACAGCAACCUCAGUUUUGUCCAAUUUUUCUCAAACAUGCUGAAAUGGGCGGAUAUGGCAAGGAUGCCUGAAGAAUUCACAAACAAGAUCAUAUCCAUGAAAAAUACUUUCGGGGUAUCUCAUAACACUUUUAAAGAAUAUUACCCAUUAUUUUGUAGAAUGUUUGUGCCACCUAGCAUUCAGGAAUUUGAACAAAAGCAACCUAGAAAUAGGAAACAAAACUUCUGUUACAAACCAGUGCAAUGCAACUCUUCCAAAAUAUUUGAAUUCACCUGGAACCUAUUCAUCAUGCUAAAAAUGGAAAACUCGCAGUACAGCACAGACCUUGUAAAAUCAUAUCACCUGCUGCACUGCUGUCUGGACCUGGUAUUCAAAAACGCCUUUCUGGCGGAGCGCCGAGACUUGAUCAAUCCCAACUUCGAAUGUUUACCUCCGGACUGGAACAGUCCGCUCUUUCGACUACCGGAAGAAGUUCCUUGCACGAUUCCCUUCAUGUGCAAAUGCUCCACGACAUUGACAGAUGCCAUGCACAUGAAAACGUACACCAUGAAGUCCUUAAUGUCUACGUUGGUGAAGAUCAAGGUUCUACAAGUGGAGUCAAGCGAUUUUGCUGGAUUGUUAAACGGGGAUGUGUUUGACAUGAAUUUUAAGAAUUUGACUAAUGCUUACGAGUCGCACUUGAUGAACAAAGGAUGUAUAGAUGAAAGGAUAUUCUUAGCUGAAUAUAGAAGGCAACUGAUAGAGCAACAAAAUUUGAAUAUUUUAAAUAUAAAAGCAUCUCCGUAUGUGGCAGGUGAAAACCCCUCAAUGGAUUCUCCAAGGGCUGUUGCACCUCGUGGGUCAGACUCCGCUUUAAUAAACAGAGGAUUUUCGGGGCCUCGAGAAGGUGACACCUCUCCGUUAUCGACAGACAGAAUCACAACUCAAAGGAUCACUAGACUACAUAAUCUGAUAAACAAUCGUUCCCCUGCUCCCAGUGAGACGUUGAUGCAAUUAUUUGAGUCCUGCGAUACAGAUCCUCUUCCCAAAAUACAAAAUAUCCUGAAAACUAUGGGCGACACGUUUAUAAACGCGUACUCCCAAAUGUGUGGGGAGGACGAAGCAAGAAAUAGGCUACAAAUUGCCACUACAUUGUUUUAUAAAUUCAUAGAGGUUAUUUUGAAAAAUGAACAGUCUAUAAGAAAGGACAUAUCAGGUUUGGUAGAAAAAGAUCUCUUUUAUCAGUGCAUGUUCACUUGCUCUCUACAAGUGAUCCUGUUUUCUUACGGAAGCCCGUACGAAUUCCCGUGGAUUCUGGAUAUCCUUGACGUGCAACCGAUACAUUUUGUCAAAGUUAUAGAACUUAUUGUCAGAUCGAAGGAACCGCUGUCUAGAGAGUUGAUUCAACAUUUGAAUAGGAUUGAAGAAACGGUGAUUGAAAGCUUGGCGUGGAGAUCUGAAAGUCAGUUGUGGGAUGCUGUGACUGCGUCAGGUCAAGGGGUUCCAAAAUUUGAAGAUACCGCUUUGCCGGGCCAUCUCAUGUACAAUGAGAAGAGCAACAAAGCUGCUCAAAAUUCGGAAUCUCCUAAUAACAGUAUGCAAUCACCAAGCCCUUCUGCUACUGACUGUUUUCAGUCUCCAAUUAACAGCAAGGCUAGUCGAGAGCUGUUUUCUAGUGAUUUGAUGCAAAAAACAACUCAUAUAUUGAUUCAGGAUAAAGAUGGCGGCAAUAAGUUGAUUCCAGUGGUUGAUAGUGAGAAGAAUUCUGUACAGAAUAGUGUAAAUAGUGAGACUGCAAAAACACCUUCAGCGACCUCAAGUCCAGCUACGCCAUCAGCUGUACCAAGAAGGACUGGAAGUUUGUCGAUAAUUUUCAGAAAGUUUUACAACUUGGCGGGAGUACGUAUGGAGCAUCUCUGCUCGAAACUGAGCCUGGCCGAUACGGAACUGAAGCAAAAAAUAUGGACCGUGUUCGAGGAUUCCAUACGAAACAGUGAUCUCAUUAAGGAUAGGCACUUGGACCAACUGUUGAUGUGCGCGAUCUACAUGAUUUGCCGCAUCACCAAGAUAUCUGUCAAAUUUCAAGAUAUCAUGAAGUUCUACAGGGAGCAGCCGCAGUGCUCUAGCAAAGUGUACAGAAGUGUGUUGUUCAAAAGAGCUUAUGUGCAGGAAGAUGGCACAGUAGUUCCAGAAGUAAGAAAUGAUCUCAUUAAUUUUUAUAAUUCCGUUUACGUGGAUGUUAUGCAGAAGUUUGCUGUAAAAUUCAGAAAUUCAUCACAGAAUAAUUUGUUGCUGAGCCCAUUACCGGCGAUAAAAAGAGAUCUGGUAUCGGCCAGCAUUCAAGUGGUAGGAAACGUGUUCGUGAAACCUUUGGAGAGCCCAUCCACUGGCUCAGGUCAAUGCGUCAACUAUUUCUUCAGCAGAAGUCCAUCAAAGGACUUGAAGGAUAUCAACAGGCUGGUGAACAACACUCGAGUGACAGGUAAACGUCUGCUCGUGGAUUGCGACUCUGAUAUCCCCGCAAACAAACGCAUAUCCAAUCGAAAACUACAGUCUUUAGUCGAAGAGAGGCGAAGUCAGAAUUCGGAAUAACUUUUUAAAAAACUGAUCCUAUUUUUAGUUUAGUGAUUGGACCCUCCUUCGUCGCACUGUAAAUAUCGAGAUAGAUGAAUUGCGGGUGUAGUGAUAUUUAUUCGAAACAUGCUGAUUGAUCCAUGAAAAUUAUCAUUGAAACAAUAUCCACAACUAUUGAUUUACAAUACAGGCAACCUAAUGCUAUAUUCCGGCGUUAAAAAAAAUUAUCUGAGAUACUGUAGAAUCACCUACGACCAUACAGUUCUCCAUCCGCCAAAACCAGCUCUGCCAAGUUUCACCAGGUCAUCAUCGCUAGAAAACCGUUUUCCUGUAGUGGUCAAACACUCGGUGCAGGCUUUGACGUGGUGAACUGGGGCGUGGUCAUGGUGGAGGUACCAAGUGUCAUAGCUCUAUGACUUUAGGCAGGCACUGUUCCAUAUACCACUUAGCUGUGACUGUCUUCUGUGUGUCCAAAACAACACGCUCCACAAUGUGUAGUAGGUAACCUUUUCAAAGUAUACACAUAUACAGGGUGUCCGCAAAGUUUGUGUUUUCCUUUUCAGAAACAACUACCUUUGAAAUAACAAAGGUAAUGUGUAGUGAAACGAGGGCGACCAAGUAAAAAAAAUAAAGGAAAAAGUACUCACUCUGUAAACUAUUCCAGGUGUUGAAUAUGCGGUUGGGAAGAAACCACUGUCGGACUGUUGUUUUAAAUGGCUCCUUAUGCAGUAUAUGGCACUAAGAAAAAUUGCGUAUGUUUUCAAGAUCUACACGUCGUGUAAAGGAAAACCCCAACUUUGCGGACACCCUGUAUUUAAUAGAGAAACAGCUAUGAAAACUUGUCAUAGAUGGCGCUGAGGUAUCUAAUUUUUUGUGCGGAAAUAAAGCAUCAAGUUGCGUAAAUCCAACAUGCCACAACAUUACGCUUAACGCUUUUUUAUAUUCUGACUGCAAAGUGAUCGAUUUUCUUUGUACUUUCAUGAAGGAUGCAGGGGCAAGUGAGACGAUAGUAAAGUUGCACACUUAUAAAACUAUACUGCAUCGUCAGACUCUGUGCGAAAGUGCGGAAUAUAGAAUUUUUCUUAAACAUAGAACACAAGUUUAAGAGGUGAUUGUUUGGACUAUUCUAAAAAUAUUUGGCACUUGCACCAUAUGUAUUUAUUUCUAGAAAAUCGUUGAUCACAAAUUUCAGUCACCCAAGCAGUGUUCUCUUGCUUUUUAUGUCGGUUGAUGAUUAAGUAUUUUUCGCGAGUAUCCAUUACGUGAAACAUGACAGCUGAUGAUCUAGUAACAUUUCAAAAUACCCCAUAUCAACGAGUGACACACAACUUUGUCGGAUCUGUCAAUACUUCAUCUACAGACAGAGUUGUAUUUAGUCGAAUCAUAUUAGCAAAUUUCCCCGUAAUAAUUGUAAAGUCUGCUUUUAUCGGUGCUUGUUCAAGGUGGUACUUAAAACAUCGACGCAUAAAAUGGGUACACCCAUUUUGGGAGAAUUUUUGAUUUGACAACAGAGAAUGAGAAAACGUGUCUUUUGGGAUUCAAUCGAAAGUGAUGACAGGAACGAAAAAACUUUUCAUAUAAGAUUUUUAGAUAUUUGUGAGACCUACAAAAUAAGACCUCACGUAGAAAGAUCCGACUAAUAGCAAAAAUGUUAUGGCCGAAAAACGAGGCAAAAUGCAGGUUUUGGCACUUGUUGGUAAUGCGACGAAUAUUUCACGCAACUACUUGAAAUUCUUCAAACCCGUAGGAUUCAUACUUCAAUAACAAAACUGGAUUAUAUUGGUCAAGUAGUUUUUUUAGAGUCUCUAAUUGUUUAUCCCAAAACACCUGUUUUCCAGCCAUCAGUACUAGUUUAUUAAGCAAUAUACACGUGUUUACCUUGCCGAUAUGAAUCACAAACCAUUCCGAAAGAUAAAUGGUAUUUUUAUGCGAAAAACAAAGAGGUUACGUUUUUUUUUCAUCUAAACAUUUCGUGUUUGUGAGUAAUUGAACAAAUGCGCUAAGAUGUGUCCUUCAUCUUUUGUCGCGAAUUACUCACGAAUACGAAAUGUUUGAGUUUGUUUAGAAGGAAAAACGCAACGCAUCCUUUUUUGCAUAAAAAUAACAUUUACCUUCCGGAAUGGUUCGCGAUUAAUAUCGGCAAAGUAAACUAGUGUAUUUUUCUAUAAAGUGCCCUUUGAACUAACCCUGUAUACUCAAUAAACUAGUAGUGAUGGCCAGAAAACAGGUGUUUUGAGAUAAACAAUCAGAAAUUCUCAAAAACUACUUGAUCAAUCUACUCCAAUUUUGUUGUGGUUAUUGAGAAGUACAAAUGCUACGAAUUUGAAGAAUUUCAAAUAUCUGCGAGAAGCCAUCGUCGCAUUACCAACAAGUGCCAAAACCUGCACCUUGCCUCAGUUUUAUAAAUACCUAAGAAUCUUAUAUGAAGAGUUUUUUCGUUGCUGCCAACAUUUUCGAUUGAAUCUCAAAAAAAAACCCGUUUUUUGUUGAAUAAAAAGUUUUCCCACAAAAAUUGGUGUACCCAUUUUAAUAAUAAAUAUCCUUUAUUUCAAAAUAACAGUGCGCAAUUACAACGUAAUGUCCGCUGUCAGGCGAAAUAUACGACACAAAAUGCCAUAAUAGCAAACAAAUGCAAGAAACAAAAAUAGUGUCUAAAUAUUACAAUAUCACACAAUGUUUGUUUCACAUUUCUAGAUAUUCAUCGAGCCCAUAUGGCUCUAGAUUUAUUAGUAACUUGUGAAUACAUUUCUGAAACUCUUUUAUAUUCGACAACUUUUUAACUUCCUGGAGUAACUUAUUGUAAAGCUUUGCACAUCUGUAAAGUACGUUUUUUUCGGUAACAGUUAGAUGAUGAAUUGGGCACAAAAGAGUUAUAUCUCUGUUCGUUGUAUUGUAAUUGCCUGGGAUUCUUAUAAAGUACCCAAUAUUUUUAAAUGUAAAAAUCAAUAUUUCCUGAAUAUAUAUUGCCAUUUUAUUCACUUUAAAUUUUCCUCUACAUGUUUCUCUACGCGGAUUUUUUAACAUGCAUCUCACUGCUCGUUUCUGUACCCGAAAGAGCCUGCGUCCGUUUUGAAUACCCCCUUGAACAACUUGCAGCAAUAAAACCAGACUUUACAAUUAUUUCGCAAACCAGGGGUAUUUUCGUCUAAUAAGAUCAGGCUAAUGGAUUAAUACUUCCUAAUAAUGCUUGUAUUUAGAAAAGUACCUUCACACAGAGGAAAAAAAACGCUACAAACAAAACGGCUGCUAAUGAUCGUGACCGUAUUUCAGGUCAGAUAGGAAUAAAGCAACAGUUUUUGACUACCUUUGGUAUGAACAGUUCUCUGCUUAUGAUUACGUAUACUUUAAUGUCACUUACUGAUCAGCUGUUCGCCUUAGUAGACGUCAAAACGUAAUCGAUACUCGUGAAAAUGACCAUAUGAUUUCAGUUGCGCGAUUUACCAGGUUUUGGUAGUAAUAUAGUGAUUGUAUCAAGUAAUUCUUUUAAUAUCAUAUUGGAGAUUCAUAUCUAUUUUUGCAAUUUAGUAUCAGAGAAAUAUAGAUAUAUAGAUAUUGAUAUUAGCUUUUAUACGGCUCGGUUUAGUAGGCGGAUUCUUAUUAAUUUUGUCAGGAGAUACCUGAAAAAAUGUUUGUUUAUAUCAUAUUAGGAAAGAAUCCGUCAAUUGUUUUUUACUAUUGUGAUUAGUGAUCAAUAUAAAGGUAAAUUAUUGUUUGAUUUUUGAUGUUAUAUAAAACGAUCGCAGUGUAUUAUUAUGAACUGAUAAUAAACAAU